AUGAUGAUGAAAUCAAUUACUCUUUUCUGUGCUAUGCUCCUUUGCAUUUCCUUUGUAGCUGCUCAUUACCCAACUUAUCCAGUUUCCAUUGACCACAAGUUAAUUGGAACAUGGCAAGAUGGUUCCAGAGGUGGACAAACCUUUUCACAAUUCGAUAUUGUAUUGACCAACCAUGCCACCAAGAACAUCAAACAAAUUGUCAUUGGUACUGAUGCCACUUGCAGACUCAGAGACAAUAACUCUAUCUGGAAUGUAAAGGUCAUUGAUACUUCAUCUUUUGUUGAUUUCCUCAUCCUCCCAUCUUACCAAGACAUCAACGCUGGUGCCUCUUACACUUUUGGUUACAUCAUCCAUGGUACCUCCAAGGCUAACCUCUUUGUCAAGAAUGUUAUCUAUGCUUAA